GGGAUGGACGCUCGCGGCGUGGCACCGCCCGGCGGGGCGGGAGCCUGGCAGGGGAGGUGCCCCCGCCACCGCCCCUCGGCGGGACCCCGGUGGGGAGCGGUGCGGGCGGCGAGCGCGGAGCCAGCUCUUGCCCUGCGCUGCCGGAGGCUGUCACCAUGACCCUCACCAAAGGCUCCUUCACCUACUCCAAUGGGGAGGAGUACCGUGGCGAGUGGAAGGAAGGUCGCAGGCACGGUGUCGGGCAGCUGACGUUUGCCGACGGCACCGCUUAUGUGGGGCACUUCGAGAACGGUCUCUUCCACGGCUGCGGUGUGCUCACCUUCUCCGACGGCUCCAGGUACGAGGGGGAGUUUGUGCAGGGCAAGUUCAAUGGCGUCGGCGUCUUCACCCGCUGCGACAACAUGACCUUUGAGGGCGAGUUCAAAGGCGGGCGCGUGUACGGCUUCGGUCUCCUGACCUUCCCUGACGGCUCCCACGGGGUGCCCCGCAACGAGGGCUUCUUUGAGAACAACAAGCUGCUGCGGCGGGAGAAGUGCCCGGCCGUCAUCCAGAGGGCCCAGGGUGCCUCCAAGUCUGCCCACAACCUGACAGCGUGACGGUUCCCCGCGUCCCCUCCCGCCGCAGUGGGGACCCCCCCGCUGGGCACUGGCCGGCCCCGCCGGCCCCGGAGCAGGGAUGUGACACUGCUGGGUGCCCCCCUGCCCUCCAUCCGCACCAAGCCCCCCUCUGCUGAACCCCCAACGCUGGGGGGGACGGGGCCCUCCGCUCUCCACCCAAGUGCCCCAGGGCAGCCGUGGUGCCUUCUCUCUCUAGCUAUAGCCCUGGCACCUGCCGGAGCCGCAGGGGACAGGGUGGCCGGGGCUCGGCCCCUCUGCCCCCCAGGAAGGCUGUGGACCACCAGGGCUGCUAGCCUGCUGCAGAGGAUGGAGCAGGGGUGUAGGGGCUGGGGCUGGGCCCUGACCCCACUGCCGGGGUGCCUUGGCCAGGGGCUGCUGGCUGGACCACAUGCCCACAGAGGGGCAGCUCCUGGCCCGCUUUGCUACCCUGGUCCCAAGGCAGGGUGGGUACCCCAGGCACCCCAUGGCCUGCACUCUCAGCUCUGGGUGACUGGCCAUCCCCCCGUGUGCCCUGGCCAGGGCGACAUGGUGCCUGCGGAGGACCCAGCCUGCUCUCAGGACCAGCUGGUGGGCUGUGUUCCCCUCAUCCCUGUGCCAAUCCAGUCCACCCACUGCCUUGGGGGCAUCUGCAGCGUCAUCCCCACCAAGGGAGACCGGGGGAUGCCCAGCCUGGCCCAUGUCCACUGCAUGCUGGGGGAGGGCAGGAGCGAUGGCAAGCAAGGAGCAGGGUCAGCCGGAGCCCGGGAUGAGGGGCACGAGCAGGGCUGCAUGGGGUGCCAGGGCUGGGCAGGGCGGGCGGGGAUAGGGGCAUGGUGAAGGGGCAGGCAGGGUGGGCAGGGGGCACACAGCUCCCCAUCUUGCUCCCCGCACACAUCCUUCAUCUCCCUACUGCGUGCCCACCUUCACCCGCAGUGUGGUCUGGCUGGCCGCGGCGUGGGGGUCCUGGCAGCCCUCGCAGCCCGGUGGUGGGCUGCAGGGGCCGUGCCCUCCCUGCCGGUCUCUGCCCGCACCGGUCCCGUGCCUUGCCGUGACCCUGCCUUGUGCUGCUGCCUGCAUGGGCCUCAGCUGAGUAAACCACGUUGCCAAACGCC